AUGAGCGUCCCGGCCUUCAUCGACAUCAGCGAGGAGGACCAGGCUGCUGAGCUUCGAGCUUAUUUGAAAUCUAAAGGAGCUGAAAUUUCAGAAGAGAACUCAGAAGGUGGACUUCAUGUAGAUUUAGCUCAGAUUAUUGAAGCUUGUGAUGUAUGUUUGAAGGAAGAUGAUAAAGAUGUUGAAAGUGUGAUGAACAGCGUGGUAUCCCUCCUGUUGAUCUUGGAGCCAGAAAAGCAAGAAGCUCUAAUCGAAAACCUCUGUGAAAAGCUGGUCAAAUUUCGGGAAGGUGAACGUCCAUCUCUGAGACUGCAGUUGCUAAGCAACCUUUUCCAUGGGAUGGAUAAGAAUACUCCUGUAAGAUAUACAGUAUAUUGUAGCCUCAUUAAAGUGGCAGCAUCUUGUGGGGCCAUCCAAUAUAUUCCAACUGAGCUGGAUCAGGUUAGAAAAUGGAUUUCUGACUGGAAUCUUACCACUGAGAAAAAACACACCCUCCUACGGCUACUUUAUGAGGCACUUGUGGAUUGUAAGAAAAGUGAUGCCGCUUCAAAAGUCAUGGUAGAAUUGCUAGGAAGUUACACGGAAGACAAUGCUUCCCAGGCUCGAGUUGAUGCCCACAGGUGUAUUGUCCGAGCAUUGAAAGAUCCAAAUGCAUUUCUUUUUGACCAUCUUCUUACUUUAAAACCAGUCAAAUUUUUGGAAGGCGAGCUUAUUCAUGAUCUUUUAACCAUUUUUGUGAAUGCUAAAUUGGCAUCAUAUGUCAAAUUUUAUCAGAAUAAUAAAGACUUCAUAGAUUCACUUGGACUACUACAUGAACAAAAUAUGGCAAAAAUGAGACUACUUACUUUUAUGGGAAUGGCAGUGGAAAAUAAAGAAAUUUCUUUUGAUACAAUGCAACAGGAACUUCAGAUUGGAGCCGAUGAUGUUGAAGCAUUUGUUAUUGAUGCCGUGAAAACAAAAAUGGUCUACUGCAAAAUUGAUCAGACCCAGCGAAAAGUAAUUGUCAGUCAUAGCACACAUCGGACAUUUGGAAAACAACAAUGGCAGCAACUGUAUGACACACUUAAUGCCUGGAAACAAAACUUGAACAAAGUGAAAAACAGCCUUUUGAGUCUUUCCGAUACCUGA